UUGACAUUCCAAGCAUCGAUUGUGGCCUUGAAAUGUAUAAACAACAGUAUUGUUCUAGCUUAAAAGCGAGCUUCUGAGUCUGCAGUUUCUUGCCAUUCCAGUAACUAGUUCACUUUUCUUUCCUAGUAGCCAAGGCUCCUCAUCAUGGCCAACGCUAGUACUGCUGGCGCCACUGCGCCAAAGACGCCCCCUCACAGCGUGCCAGUGAAUUCUGGGUCCGAGCUCAAAUCCACCCCGCUUGCAGUUGGCUCUGCCUCCGUCAGUGAAUACAUCAGUACUGUAGGCGUCAACGUCAACGACAUUCGUCCAUGGAUUGGGUGCGACGUCGAGAACUACAGGGAAUGCCCCGUCGACGAAAUGCUGCAGGAGCUGCUUUACUGCUGCGCAAACCACUCCGAGUCAAAACUGGUUCCUGACAAGCCUACGCUACUCGCCGAUUGCCUUGAAGCUGUCCUGCCAAUCUGCAACAAGGGCAAAGACGCUAAGGCCAUCAAGAAGAAUCUGGAUGAUAUUCUGAAGAGCAAAGUAGAAGAUCAGAUGUACAAGCCUUUUAUCCAGGCUUCAAACCUUGCGCUCAACUGGUUGAGCAAACUGAACGUGCCUGGAUUGGCUUGGACAGGUUCAUGUCAUAUUUAUGCAUUACUUGCUCUAAUUGUAGGGCAUCUGUGAUGCAUUCAUCCUACAGUUCUAGUGCCCCCACAUAGUAGCAACACUUACAUAGUUGAUGCAUUAGUCCUCCCUAAUGCAUCACUCAUCUCCCUAGUGAGCUGAUGCACCACCCGUCCCACUGAUGCAUCACUCAUCCCUCUAGUA